GCACAGCUGUAUGGUCGUCGCCUGAUUCGCGUUCUCCUCUUCCUUUCCACCACCACGAUGACCAUUACAGUCUCCCUUCCCAGUAUUCACGAAAUGUUUCCCGAACAUCUACUGCGGGACCCACCUGUUACACCACCCAUAAUUCACCAAUAUUCACCGACGACAUCCUCACGCUAUUCCUUUGAUGUUCUCCGCUCGGACCCCGCAUCCUCUUCCCUGACUCACAUCGCUUCCUCCGAUUCUCUUUCUUACCAGCCCCAAUCCUUUCCUCCGCCACGCCGCGAGUCCACGCCAUUGUCGAGUGAAGAUGACGAGGACGGUGCUAAGAAACACGUGUGCAGAACGUGUCAUAAGCGGUUUAAUAGGCCCAGCAGCUUGCGGAUCCAUAUCAACACGCAUACAGGUGCAACGCCAUUCCGGUGCCCUUUCCCCGGCUGCGGACGAGAGUUCAACGUAAACUCCAAUAUGCGCCGGCAUUACAGAAACCAUACCAAUCCUACCGCAGCUUCACUCUUCCCUUCUCCCUCCUCGAUGCGACUUCCUCCUUCCCAUCCGUAUCUACCCCACAAACGUCAUCCUGCCGUUAACAGAUCUGAAUAUGUAUGGCAUCCCGCGUCAUCGAAUACUUCCUCUGAUGAUGAGGAUGACGAGCAGCGGACGUAUAAGCCCCGCGCUUCGGUGUUUGGGAGGCAGGAUUAUCGGUCAACAUCGGAGCAAAGGAUGGAAAUAUCUGACGAUAGGGACUACGUCAGACGCCGGAUAAGUGAUGUAAGGACAACGAACAAAGAGGAGAGGUAGUACUAUGCCAUAGCCUCGCCCAUUUAUCUGUUAUAUGUAUUUGCUUUGUCGCUUGCUUUCAUUUUGCAUCGCUUGCUUGCCUUCUUUGUUCCUUAAUGUAUCCAUAACAUCAUACCUUUGUUCAGUGUACCCUGUUCUGUUUUCCUUGCACUCUAAUCUGGAGAAUUAACAUUUAUAUCCAGAAGUAAAAUAUUACUGUAGGAGAUUUACUCGACGCACCUUUUUCUUCCAGAGUCCGUAGAACGUAACCUAAAAUUCUACUGAUCCAUGUCGAGUCGAGUCGUUGGUGCCAAAUGUACUUCAUAUGCUUUAUGUACGUGUAUCCAUGUCAUAUCUGACCAAUUCCGCGAGUACAC